AGAUGCCCUAAAGCGUCCAGCCUCUGACCGCAGACACCACUGACCAUCCAUCAUGUUCCGCUUAAUAAUUGUGUCGCUUUUAUUAACUGCAGUGAACGCCAGCUGCAAAAGGAACAGCAACGAAUGCCCUUUGGAUGUCUUCAUUGUUCUGGACACGUCAGAGAGUGUGGCACUCCGAGAAAAACCGUAUGGCUUCUUUGUUGAAAAGAUCAAGAGGUUUGCACUUGACUUAGUGGAGCAGAUGAGCAGCAGGUACUACCGGUGUGAUCGACGGCUGACUUGGAACGCUGGCCUCCUCCACUACAGUGAUGAGGUGAUUGUCAUGAGCGAGCUCACCAGUGUGGAACACAAGAAGUCACACAUGAGUCGCAUUAUUAACAGUGUGGCAUACAUCGGCAAAGGCACCUACACCGACUGUGCGAUUGCAACGGCAGCAGAGCAGCUGACAAUGGGAAGCGUUCCCUUCGAUGGAAACAAGUACAUGGUGGUUGUGACAGACGGAUAUCCUAUCGAUGGCUACAAAGAGCCCUGCGGAGGAGUCAGCCACGCCGUCACCGAAGCCAAGGGACUGGACAUUAAAAUAUUUGCAGUGGCCAUCACUCCAGAUCACCUGGAGGAGAGAAUGGGCGUCAUAGCCACAGACACUCGCUACAGGUACAAUCUGUCAGCAACGAGCGAAGACCCGGCGGUCAUGAGGGGCACCAUCAACAGCAUCAUUUCCACCAUUGUAAGCCUUUACAAUGAGUCAUCGUGCUGCUCCUUCGAAUGUAAGGCUGAGUCUGGAAUUAUGGGACCAACUGGAGAACCUGGUGCCCCGGGGAAGAAAGGUGAUCAUGGCCCACCUGGACAUCAAGGAGAAAAGGGUAACAAAGGGUCUCCUGGCAUCCGGGGUUCAAGGGGAGCACCUGGACAAAAGGGAGAUAAAGGAGUCGCUGGGAUUGACGGCAGACCUGGAGCCAUGGGCGAACCAGGAGUGAGGGGCUUACCAGGCUGUAAAGGAGAUGAAGGACCAGACGGAGAUCCUGGCACUGCGGGUCAAAAAGGAGACCAAGGGUCAUUUGGACAGAAAGGACAGAAGGGUGAUGGAGGUCUGCCUGGCUCUGCAGGAUGGCCUGGUGUAUCAGGAUCAGCUGGACCCAAGGGAGAUCCCGGGCUGAGAGGCGUCAAAGGAGCCCCCGGUGACCACGGAGAUGAUGGCGACUUAGGACCUGCAGGACCUGCUGGGGCAAAGGGUGAAAAAGGAGAGCCAGGACUGCAGGGUCCACCCGGACCUCGAGGGUCACAAGGCGACAAGGGAACUGCUGGUCCUCCGGGGUCCCAAGGACAUGAAGGGCUCACUGGCGAUCCCGGAUCUCCGGGCUCGGCAGGGACCAGAGGGUUAAAAGGAUAUAAAGGAGAGCCUGGAGUCCCGGGGCCUCAGGGAGUUAAAGGCUUAAAAGGAGCCCUCGGACCACCAGGAGAGGUGGGGCCAACUGGAGAAAGGGGGGAUGAAGGGUCACUUGGCCAAGGAGUAACUGGCUAUCCUGGAUUUCAGGGAUUCCCAGGACCCCGAGGCCAAGUUGGACUAAAGGGUACUAAAGGUUUCACUGGACUGAAGGGUGAGCCAGGACCACCUGGAGACAGAGGAGAAGAUAAUUACCUUCCCGGAAAAGAAGGCCCAGCAGGGCCAAAGGGUUACCCAGGACAUCAAGGUGAAAAUGGGUUAACAGGAAUGACCGGACCUUCAGGGCCAAAUGAAUGUGAAAUGCUGGAAAUCAUCAAGAAUCUCUGUUAUGUUGAAUUUGUGGUGUCACCAGUAGUUCUGCCGCAGUGUGAUCCCUUCAGUCGGUUAACGCCUGACACUUGUGCUGUCCCUCUGAUUCCUGCAGAGUGUGACUGCGGCCCGGUGGACCUGCUGUUUGUGCUGGACAGCUCCGAGAGCAUCGGCCUGCAGAACUUCACCUUGGAGAAGGAGUUUGUCAUCCGGGUCAUCAGUAAGAUCACACAGAACGGGAAGAGCAAGAUUUCACAAAAGUCCACUUUUCAAGUGAUCCAGUACAGCCAUCAUGGCACUCGGCAACUCGUUGACCUGAGCGGCCCCCGGAAAUCUGUGGCCGAGCUGAAAAGAGCCAUCAAGAACAUGCCUUGGAUUGCUGGAGGGACCUUCACUGGUGAAGCCCUGGAUUUCGCUGCCCAAUCCUUUGCCAAAUCGUCCUCAUCGAACAAAGUGGCUGUAGUCCUCACUGACGGCAGGUCCGACUCCAGAGACCCCAAACCGAUCUCAGCCCUCUGCAAGGUGGCCGGCAUGAGAGUGUUUGCCAUUGGAGUAGAGGACAUAUUUAGAAAAACGUCAGAUCAUCGUGCACUCCAGGAAAUCAGCUGCAAAACCACUGCAAGCCCUGGGAUGUACGUGAAUGUCGCCGACUACGCCGAACUUCUGGAGGAAGCCUUACUACAGAAUGUCACGAGGUUUGUCUGUCAGGAGCUGACGUGUCCAACAUAUUCCUGUCCAGCUCGAUUUAAGGAGCCGACGGACAUCAUAAUGGUGAUGGAUGGGUCAGCCAGUGUGGGAAAGAAGAACUUUGAAAUGACAAGACACUUCGUGGAGAAGGUAGCAGAAAAAGUUCUUCCUGAGCACUCCGGCCAGGGUUGGUUCCUCAGACUAUCUGUUGUCCAGUUCAGUGGCACACAACAGCAAAAGGUGGAAGUGCCGUUUACCAGCCAGCUCAGAGAUGUGCACCUUGGGGUAAAGGCAAUGGGGUAUCUUGACCAAGCCACCGAUCUCCCUGCUGCCUUGACUUUCCUGCAGGAACUGAUGAGAAGGGAGGGUCGGCCCAAUGCGAGGAAGAAGGUGGUGUUCUUCUCGGAUGGCCGGUCUACCUCUGCGGUCCAAGCUCAGAUCCCUGAGAGAGCAGCCGCUGCCUUAAAGGAGAACCUUGAAUUCUUUGCCGUGACCUUUGGUAGCGAUUUUGAAGAAAGGGGAAUCAGCCAGCUGGUUACGGGACAAGCCGGUAACUUCAACUAUACGAAAGUCGAGGAACGGGUGUUUCGACUUUCACAAUACCCUGAUUUGACUAAAGCUGUAGUGAUGGAGAACUUCAUUAAAAGGCUGGCAGAGGCCUAACGUGUACCCACCUCUGUCCUGCCAGUCCUUCACUGUCACAGCCUUCUGUCUCAUCCUCUGCAGUGAGCUGUAGGAUGGAAAAAAAAAAAAUGAUUCGAAAUUUCUUCUAUAGUUCCCUUCACCAUGUACACCAAUAUGAAGUGCUUUACACAGGUGUACAGUUCAUGUUAAUAAGAGAAAUUAGAGAAUUGAUCAAUACUAGAUUUAUAUGAAAGGCGCUAUAGACAGGUAGAACUUAGAUUAACACUUUACCAGAAGCUUGAGAAAAACAGAAAUAUGAUAACAAACCAAAACUCAAUAAACGUACCCGAGAACGCCUGCCUUGGACAAUAAGAGAGCUGCUAACAGGUCUGUAGGUGACAGUAAGAUGGGCUCAGCCCUACCCACUUGUGACAUUGGGACAGGGCAGAGCCACCUGGUUACGUCCACAAACAGAACUCGCUCACAGACGUUGGCUCCUGCUAACGUUCCCCUGGUUGGAGUCCCCAGCAUUCAUCACUGAGUGAAUAAUUUCUAUUGCGGAGUUGAUAAACGCGUCACCAGCGGGAUGUAACUUAUCUCCUGUGGCAGUAACGUAGAUCAGUCGUCAGCAUUUCAAUGCCUGGAUGACAUAUUUUAGUUGUAAUUAUCAAAAAGUACAGGCGAUUUGAAAAUUACGCGGCCACCUCAACACAUAGGAGCUGACACAAUACAACACGUUUGCAAUGCCUUAUGGGUAGUCUGAACAUGCACGGCAUGCAGCGGUCUGCCGUUAGCAUAGUUGAAGCAAAGCUCAAAUGAACAUGGAUGCUCCACUGCGGAACUGCACUAUCGUUGAACAAUAUCCCGUUGUGAGAUUUCCCUGUGCAGGAUGUUCAUGGUUUAGUUUGAAUAUUGAAGCUUUGUAGUUUAGAGAAGCCAUAUUGUGUACUGUUGUCAAGGUCACGUUUCUAGGGGUGUGGUCUCAGGGGUCGUGAUCUUGCAGACAGCAUAAAAGGUCCACCUUUUGCUCUGAGCUUUAUCCAAUCUGCAGAUAUAAUCGUAAUUUUCCGCAGCCACACAAAGCAUUCUGCUCACGUCUCCCAUGUUCUCUCCCAACUGCACUGGUUACCACUUCCAUCCAAAUUCAAGAGUCUGCUUCUCCCUCAUCACAGCCUUAUAUGACCUUUGCCCGCCUCUACGUCACUCCGCUCCUUACACUCCUCGUCGCUAUCUUGGGUCUCCUUACUGUCCCACACACCAGAGUCUCCACCCUGGCGGGCAGCUCCUUCAGUGUGAUGGCCCCUCUUCCUCAGUCUCUCCGAGUUUGCUCCUCUUUCU